CAGGCCCGGCCCGGUUCGGCCCGGCCCGGUUCGGCUCGGCUCGGCUCUGCUCGGCCCGGUUCGGCCCGGUUCGGCCCGGCCCGCCUUCUCCCCAGCGUCCCGCCAUGGCGCUGCUGCGGGCGGCCGCCCUCCCCGCGGAGGGGUCUCCGGCCUGGCUGCCCACCCACGUCCAGGUGACGGUGGUGCGGGCCCGGGGCUUGCGGUGCAAGGGCGGCGGCAAGCCGGGCACCAGCGACGCCUACACCGUCAUCCAGCUGGGCCGCGAGAAGUACAGCACCUCGGUGGCCGAGAAGAGCGGCGGCGAUCCCGAGUGGCGGGAGGAGUGCGCCUUCGAGCUGCCCCCCGAGCUCGGCAACCCGCCCGGCAACCCGGCCCGGCCCGGCCUGCUGCUCACCGUCAUGCACCGGGCCCUGGUGGGCAUGGACCGCUUCCUGGGACAGGCCCUGGUGCCCCUGGAGCCCGCCCUGCAGCAGGGCCGGGCGCCCGACGAGCGGUGGCACAAGCUACACUCCAAGGCUGGGAAGAAGGAGAAGGAGCGUGGUGAGAUCCUGGUGAGCAUCCAGUUUACACGCAACAACCUCACGGCCAGCAUGUUCGACCUGUCCAUGAAGGACAAGCCGCGGUCGCCCUUCGGCAAGCUGAAGGACAAGGUGAAAGGCAAGAAGAAGUAUGACUUGGAGUCAGCCUCUGCCAUCAUCCCCAGCACCAUGGGCGGCCUGGACACGGAGGAGGACUACGAGACGGGGGGCAAGAAGUCCAAAGUCAAGGGCUUCUUCUUGAAGAACAAGCUGCGCAAGUCGUCCCUGACGCAAUCCAACACCUCCCUGGGGUCUGACAGCACCAUCUCUUCUGCCAGCCUGGGCUGGGCUGCCAAUGUUUCUGAGGUGCCCCAGUCCCCCAGCAGACACAGCAGCCUGGCCACCGAGCACUCUGAGAAGGACUCCCUGCCGUCUCCGAAGCUGACCCACAAGAGGGCCUUCAGUGACGACGUCUCCCAGGUCAGCCCGGUCCUGGAACCCAAAGCAAUCCAAAGCCUGAAGCCAAAGAAUGAUCCCGUGUCCAGAUCUUCCCUCUGCAUCAACGGGAGCCACGUUUACAGCCACGAGCCUGCACCAAAGAGCCCCGUGUCUGUCCCGCAGAGCUCGGCCGGGCCCAGGAGGCAGGAGGAGGCCUUUGGCUUCACCCCCCUCCAUCCCGACCCCCACCAGGUGCCCUGGGGGGCCAGCAGCUUCGAGAGGACACAGCAGAGAGACGAGCCCAGGUUCAUCCCCUCUCCUCCCAGCUUGGCCUUGCAGGAGGAGCUCAAGGUGUCGACGAAAGCCGUCACCCUCAGUAACCACCUGGGCAGGGCCAAGAUGGAAGAGAACAGCCGCCUGGAGAACAGGCCGACUCAAGCUGCAGCACCCAUGGUCUUCUCCUCGGGUGUGACGAAGGAGAAGCAGCCCGAGGAGACGAGGAAGGAAGACAAGAAGGCAAAGAGUGGCCUCUUCCACCACGGGGGCGGCAAGGGCGAGGCGGGGAGCAAAGGGCAGGGGGAGAAGGUGGGACCCUCCCACGGCUCCUCCGUCCACGCCGGGGGAGAUGAGAGGAGCAAAACCGGCGGCUGGUUCGGUUUGAAGGAGCCCAAAGAGUCCCCUCAGAAGCCCAGUUUCCUGCCUGGGCCACACGCUUCAACAGAGGUCGCUGGGAACUUUAAUUCCUCUGAGGAUUGCAGUCCCUCUGCCUCCCUAAGACAUAAAGACCCGGAGAGGGAGCCUCCAGCCAAAAGCGUUUGUGUCCCUGUGCCAGAAACUACUCCCCCAUCACCAGGAGACCUUCCUCCUCCAGAUGAGAAACCCGCUGUCCCUCCUCCCCUCUCGGAGUGGGACGACACCUUCGAUGCCUUUGCCACCAGCAGGCUCAAACCAGAGCUGAAGAAGGACACCUUCUUUGCUUCAGUGGCAGCAGAGGGCAUGGCUUUUAUCGACGAUCCCGAUGCUGCCAGCCCGACGGAAAGGUCAGCCGAGCCUGCCCACCAGGAGGGGACAAAAGUCUUUGCGAAGGCUGAUGCACCCAUGGGCAGCGAGAUGCCUGCAGCGCUCAGGUCUUGGACGAAUUUCUCUGGCCUGGAUGUGGGGGCAAACUUGGUGAGCACAACGCAGGAGGCGACUGUGAUAGAGGAUGUGCUGAGCCCCGUGUCUGCAGGGCCGGUGGGAAGGAGGAGGAAGAGCAGCACCCCGACGGGCUGGACAGCUGCGCUUGCCUCGGGAAAUCCAGGGGACAAAGAGGCUUCCACAGCACUGAGGGCUGAAAAUAGCUCUAGGGAGGAAGGGGACGGUAAUGAGGAGGAACCUUCUAGUGCAGGGACAAACGGAUGGAUGACCAUUGCCACCGAAACAGCUCCUGACCUGUCAGAGAGCACCCAGAGUGCGGCUGGGCAGGAGCAGCUGGGUCAGGAGAGCACCCUGAGCCCGCAGCCAGCCCUGCUGGGCGACGGUGCCUUCCAAGCCCCGAGCAGAUCCAGCGCUUGCGUGUUGCCCAGGAGCUCCUUCACCCCCGAGCCCGUCUCCGAAAUCCUGCCAGGCGGCAGCAACGUGGUGGCCGUGCCCCCACGGGUGCUCACAGAUGUGGCAGCACCACGGUUCCCCAUGGCCCCCGGGCCAGGGAUGGAGCCCCAGGGUGCUGGUGCUGAGGAGGAAACCUUCGACAUCCGGACUUCAGUCUACAGGCUCCAGGCCAGCAUGCGGCUCGGGGCCAUCAGCUCCGACGUCGGGGAGAGCCACGGAGGCCUCUCUCCAUGGACAGCUUCCCGAGGGAGGGAAGAGAUGGCCUCUGGCUUGGCCGUGCCGCCCCCCAAGCCUCCCAGGUGGUUUGCAGCAGCAGGUGGCAGAGGGGACAGUGAGGAGGAGGGUGCUGGCAACCCGCAGCCAGGGCGGAGAGGCAGUCAGGAGCCGUGGGAAGACCUGGAGGGCACGAAGGCAGGUGUGGAGCUGCCGAGGAGCUGGCUGAGCAGCGAGCCCUCUGUCCCUGCAUCUCCCACCCCGCCCGCUCUGCCGGUGGAUGAGGCUGAAGCUGGGAGCAAGUUCCCAGUGUCCGAGGAUGCUGAAUCCACACGCUCAGCAGCUAAUCUGGAGGCGCCAGCCAGUGGGCUGGCCAAAGGGGACACCUCUCUGGGGGAAGAGUGGUCAGAGAUGAACGAAGCAGACGUGGCUGAGCGGUUUGAGACUUGCCUGUCAAAGUUCUCCGUAGAUGGGUUAGGCCAGCUGGGUGCUAAGGAGGGCAGGAGCCAGCCAGGGUCAUCCCCUCUGGUGGGGGCUGCAGACGUGGCCUCCGAGCAGGAGCUGCUCCCUGAGGAGCUGAGCACGUCAGAACUAAAUCCACCUUCCAAGCCAGAUCUGAGCCAGCUGGAAACCUUCUGGACAGCUCUGGAAGAGCAGGAGGCAGCCGGUCACCCUGAGGAUCUCAGCCCAGCAGCACUACCCCAAAGCGGGGUCCCUGCCGCCGCCAGCCGCGCAGCCGCCCAGCCCUGCCCUUUGCCGCAGUCCGGUGACACACAAGCUUCAGCGCUCGUGGUUUUGCCCAGGGAGACACAGCCAGCUGAGAAGCCCUUUUGCCAGCAGACGACCAGUCCUCACGCGGUGAAGCCCAUCAGCGCUGCCGUGCAAGAGGUCUCUGGUGAGAAGAAGCAGCAGCACAGGUCCAGCCUGUCCACAGCUCUGAGCAAUGGCCUGGAGAAGCUGAAGACAGUCACCACGAGCAGUGUCCAGCCCGUGGCCCCCUCCUCUCACCUGGAGAAAACGGAGUCCAAGAAGUCAAAGGAUUCCACCAUACUGGACCAGUCAGCCAAGUAUUAUCACUUGACCCACGAUGAACUCAUCCAGCUCCUGCUGCAGAGAGAGAAGGAGCUGAGCAAGAAGGAGGAGCACAUCCGUGAACUGGAGAACUACAUUGACCAGCUGCUGGUGCGCAUCAUGGAACAGUCUCCCACUCUCCUCCAGAUCCCACUGGGGGAAAGCAAGGCCAAGUAACCUCUCCCCAGAGACCAGCAUCACCUGCCUAGAGCACUUCUGCAAUAAACACGCUGCAAACAUCCCUGCACUCCCUCCUCCUCUUUCAAGAGGGCUCCAGUGGCUUCUGUUCGCAGAGUUUAGCAGGAAAGGUUCUCUGCUCCUUCCCAGCCCAAGCUUAUCCCAGCUCUGGCUCCAGGGAACUAUAGGGUGGUGGACUGUCCUCCACCCUAUGGGGAGGAGCAGAGCCCACCACAUGAGGCAGAUGCCUCCUUAGGUUCUUGUCGUUGUGACCAAGUGGCCUCUACUCAGGCACUCAUCUUGCCAGUGCUUUAAGUGCUUCAUGGACAUUUGAGAGCUGGAAGCUGACCACCUCACCCGUGGCUUCAUCCUGCUACUGCUGCUCUUCUACCCACACUCUUCCACAUCUCUUUUCCCUGCAGUGGUGUAGCCUGGCUGAUGGGUGGUGUUAACACUGGUUGAGGACACUGAAGAUGGUUCAACUCAGCAAGGGUCUGCCAGCAUGGUGCUGUCCCCUGGGUCUGCUCGGCAGGGCAGCAGGGGAAGGGGCUGCUGUUGGAAGAGGCUGUCCCCCCAAAUGAAGGGUCUCUGAAGAGCUUGCUCCAAGUUGUGCUGACCCUAUGGGAGAUGCUACACAAAGGGACAGUGCUGGAGUUGGAAGCCACGAAGGACUGGAGCCAGUGUGGCUCCACGUGGUGUCUGCUCUUUGGAUGUGCACGCAGAGCUGAGUUCCCCAGCUCAAAACUGAUGUCACCACAUGGGGGAAGGGCCAGUGUUGGUCUGUGCACCAUCAGCACUGCAGGACAUCUUCUCACACCCCCCCACCCCCCACCACCAUGCCCUGGGGGGGGAAUUCCUCUAUGUAUCAACCACAGCUGAAUUUUAUAAUCAGUGUCACACUCCCCCUCUCCUGCACCCACGGGAGUUGCUCUCCCCUGGCAGCCCCCACCUUGUGUUGUCUUUCUCCAGGCAACAGCAAAAUGCCAGGGGGAACUGAAGCUCAUGGACAGGGAAGGAUGCCUGGCUGCCUGGCCACCUCUAUGCAUGACAUCCCUCUGGGCCAGGCACCCGUCCAGCCUCUGCCCAAGCUGAGCAGUUCCCAGAUCCUUGCAGACCCCUUCAUGCCAGUAUUAGCACCAGGCACAGCUCGAGUUGGGCUGUGUCCACUCGCCGGCCUUGGGUCUCUGGUGGCCUGGGCCAACCUUAGGUGGUGUAGACCAGCUCUCUCAGGAGUUGGAUGCUUCUUGCUGCUAAGCAUUGUGUGACCAUCCAAAGGCCUCCCGUGGACCUGGUUGAACAGCCGUAGAUGAUGUUAUCCUGUGGCUGGUGAGAGAUGCUCCUGGGCCCACCAGAGCACGGCGCAGGUUUUGCUGUGGGAAGGGAGUUGGGGGGAUGUUUCUCCUUCCCUCAUUCUGUAGGAUUUUGGCUAGAGAAGGUGCCUGUGCAGGCAGAGGGGGGCAGUUGGUGUGGGACUUGCUGUCUCGACACGUGUCUUCUCUCUCAUGUACAUCUCCCAAAGUUGCUGGAUUCUUUUAAAACCUUCGUGUCCUUUUCUCCUUAGCUCUUCAAUGUAUGCCAUGACUGAAAACCUGUGCCUUUUGCAAUAGAGCAACAGCAGUUUCCUACCAAAAAAGGCUCCCAAAUCCAAUUCUCAGUUCAGUGCAACCCAUCUUGAGUAGCAUUCCCCUCUGUUUGCCUGGUUGUCUGAACUAGGGGAGUUCCUUUUUCAAGGCAGAGCCUUCCCAUCCCUGAGUUCAGGUUGCUUUUGGUCUUGGGCAGGAGGUCUGCACGGGAGCUUGAGGUGUGGAGAGAUGACACUGGGGGAAGUGCAGGCUGAACCUUCCAAGACAAAAUACAGCUGGAUACAUACAGUUUUGGGUCACACUCCCAAGUCUGAGGAGGGAGAAGCAAGCAGGCUGUAGAGGUGAGAGCUGAAAAGGAGACUUGGUCUUGCUGGCAUUGACAGUGCUUGGCAGUGUCUAGCCUGUAGAACAUGAUAUGAGGAGGGAGAUUUGUUACCUGGUCACCAGCCUUUCCUUCUUACCUGCCUUUGCCCCUUGUAGGAAGGAAUCUGGGGUUUCACACUCCUCCACACACAUCUUUGUGCUCCUCCUCCCUCUGUGUGUCUCAGGGACUUGGUGGUGUAAGACCUGAUGGUCUGAGGGAAGGUGUUUCUCCUUCCAGAAAGUACCAGAAACCUCCCUUUGCCAAUAUAAUCAAAAGAUCCCAUGGCCUGAGAGUUGGCCUCCUUUUCUGGGCACGUAUCUCUGGUGGAGAAGCUCUCCUGCAAGUGGGCUGGGAGGAGCUGUGGGCAGCAAGAAAGCAGCCCAGCAUCAGGAGAGCAGCGUGGGGUGGGAAGGAGGGCUGGGAGAAGGGGCAGGAGUACUGAUCUGUGAAGGCUCCUGUCGGGCUGGCACUGGUGAGAGGGAGGUGUGGGGCUGGAAUCUCACACUGGCUCUUUGCUCCCUGAAAAAUAAUCUGCUUCCUGGGGCUUCUGCUGUAGGGGCUCCCCACACACAAGUGCCAGUGUUGGUAAGGAUCUUGCUGCACCUCCCCCCUGCCUUCUCCCCCUCCUCUUCCAUCGUGUUUCACCGCCUCCCUAAUCCCCUCUCUGCCUUAGUCAGCUCUGCCUUUUUUUUUCUUUUCUCUCCAAAGCUUGAAUGUUUUGCACUUUAUCAACCCAAGUGACUCUCGGAGCUCCAGCAGGUCCUAGGGGAUGUGUGGCCUUCUCAGCAAUACCUGCCCCCUCCCGUGUUCUGCCUCGGUGGCAGUGGAGCAGCACGAGCCCCACCACUCCUUUCCACCCAGGAGGCAGGAGCAAACAGGGCUGAAAACAUCCCUGCCUUGGCUUUGCCACAGCAGAACAUCUUCAAAGGUGGGAGCACAGCAUGGAGGCCUUGGCACCACACACCAGGGAGGGGAAAAAAACCAAGUGGUGAGGACAGCCAAGGCUGCCUUGAUGUUUCACAUCUGUCUGGAAGCCCAGAGGUAGCAACAAACAACUUCUGCUUAGGAAAAGGCAUCUUAAAGGUGCUUCUGUCUUUGUUCUCUGUUUUUCCACCCUGCUGUCCUGCAGAUGUGUUUCUUUCCCCCACCAGUGUCUUUAUUCUCUGCAUAACCAGCUUGGCCCUGCCACACAGCAGCACAGAAGUAGACUUUCUUGGUUAAAACAUCUUAAGUUAGGAGAGGGAACUGGUUCUGAGGACCCAGAUGUUUUCUCAUAGCAGGGGGAUGAGGAAAAGAAUCGGGGGGGGGGAAAACGUUCUCAAGUUGCUCAUGUCCCAGGUUUCCAUAUUUAGUGAUUUCUUGGCAGACCCAGGGAGGUGAGCAGCUCUUCAGGUCAGAAUGCAGAGCAAGGGCCUCAGGUCUCUUGCUCUUUGCUCAGCUGGGCAGACAAGGGUUUUCAUGGGCCAGCAGCAGCUUUGCACUUGGAUCCCUUUUAAACCCAGCCACAAGAAUUGUCUCGUGUUUUUCCUUUGCCUCCUGGUCUGUCUUUCUGGGCUCAGGCUGUUUCACGAGCUCUUCCACAGGGCACUGUUGCUCACAGCCAUUGCUCUGCUUUUCUUGUCAGCCCACAGCUGGGCUUCUUGCUUUUAAAGAACUCUGGCCAAGUGAUUUAUUUUCGCCUUGACUGGCUCUUCUGGCUCUUGAGGGUCCUGAGCCAGAAGAACCUCCCAUGGUGUAUCCUUAAACUGGAACAAACCUGAAGGGACGUGGGUACUGAAGUCUCACCUUAGACUCAGCCUUUAUGCCUUGUCUGGGGAGAAGCCGCCGUGUGUCUUGUGGAAGAGACAUGGGGUGGAAAAACAUCCCAAAACCAGGAGAGAUUGAGUGUUGGGGUUUUAGGAGUUGUUGAUUUCCCUGUACGCAGGAAGCAGGUUCUGUGUGUUUCAUGUUUUAAUAGUUGCAACUGAUGUUUAUAAAGAGCUUGUUAUUUACGUUUUAAGCACUUUAAAAAAAAAAUAAAAUAAUAAAAGUUGUUCAAGCUGUUCCUAGA